GCUGUUAUGCUGCAGCUGAGCGUCAGUGUGGAUCCACGGGUUUCUACGGGCUCCGCUCUUUGUCUUCGGGAUGAACUGACUGGAGCUCAGGGGACAAGACUCGUGCGUCGGAGAGAAGCUCCCUGUGCCAAGCGCGCGGCCGCUCCGCUCUCCAAGCCAUGGACUCCGCGCUGCGCCUCCACCUCCGGAGGCCACGGUUUCACUUUGUGCUCCUGCUGCUGCUCCAGCUGCGCCUCGGCCUGUUGGUGUCCGCGGGAGAGCUGGAGAUGAUGGAGCAAGACGCACCUGAGCUCAUGUGUAGCGAGGGUUUGUGGGACUGCCACGUGAAGUCAGUCUCUCAGUUCGCUGCUGCGCUGCCUGAUCCUAACGAUGCAGUGCAUGUUACACACGUGCAUCUGAAAGUGAUGCUGUGCUGCUCGGAUGCUCAAGACUGUGAACCCUGCCUGCGGAUCAUCAUCACAGUCAAAGUUGCUGAAGAGGUUUCUGAGGAGUCAGUGGAAGACGCCGAUAAACAGGAGUUAUUCAGCAUGAAUCAAAAGAUGGAGGGAAGUGGUCAGAAUGUGCUCCCCCAACCAACAGCUUUGGUGAAAGUGUGUCUCAGCUCUCCAGGCCACAGUGAAAUUUGUAAGAUGCUAAAUUUCAAACUGAGUCCCUCAACUUUAGCUUCUCAACAGCCCACACAUAAGCAGAUGCAGCUGCUGUUGACGGAGACGGUGAUGUUCGACAGUCCUGUUGUGGUCCAAGUCCACGCACAUUCAAAGGAAACUCUCAAUGUCCAAAAAAUCACAAUCCCGUCUUUAGAAGAAGUUUGCUCCAUGAACCUGGAGGCGCAUGUAAAGGAAUGCGAUGUUCCCAGACUCCGAGCUGAGACGGAUCCCAGGAAAAACGUGGUCCUCCUCCACCUGGAAAACACUAAAGCCAGACAAGAUGAUCUCAUGUAUCAGAUGAUUUGGAACGAAAGACCUGGAGAGAUUCUUGCAUGGCCCAAAGGCCAGAGAGAAACGGUCAUAUCUUCAAACUUUGUUACACCAUGUCUGUGCUUCCAGGUGUGGUGGAAGGGAAAAGCCCUUCGAAGAGAAUUCUGUCCUUUCAAAAACCAACAUGAUGCAUUUGAAAGAAUGCAGCACAAUGUGUCUGUGUCCCUGGAGGAGUUUCAGAUGAGGGACGGUGGCACAGGGCUUGGCUGGAAUGUGACUGCCCCCUGCAGACUGGAGGCAGAGGUGUGGCUGUGCAAGAAAGAGCUGGCAGGAGGCCGAUGUGAGGAGGUGACCGGCUCCAGACAGCGGCUGCACAACCAUGCACAUGCUGGCUGGAGGACAACACGCAAUGGACACUGGACGACAGGAGAGUUCAAUGUGUCAUCACACCCUCUGCUUUGUGUUCAGAUAAAGAUACAUGGGAUGGAGUCACACUUGGAGCCCCAGUGUCCAUUUACAACAUCUCGGUGGAAAUGGAGCCUGCUGCUCCUCAUCGGAUUACUGCUGAUAUGUUUGGCCAUACUCGGAGCCUAUUUCAUACAAGGGGUUGUGAAAGGCUACGUAUGGCGAUGGUUGAAAGAGGACGACGUGAAAGGUGCAGUGGGUGGUGGUCAUGUGGUGUUGCUGUACCCACCUGAUGGUAACCAGGGCUUGCCGGAGCUGAUGUGUCACCUGGGCUCGUCCCUCCAGGCCCUGGGCUUCAGCGUGUCUCUGGACCUGUGGAGCCAGGCUGAGCUCAGCAUGCUUGGCCCCGUCCCUUGGCUCCAUUCAAGACUGGACCGUCUUAAGCGGCAGGGAGGCAAAGUGGUGCUAGUUCUAACCCAGGCCACCUGGAUAAAGGCAGAAGAAUGGGGAGCUCAGAGCUGGGAGAGAAACACCGCCAGCAAUGGGAAUAGAUACAAGAAGGAAGAGGAAAAAGGGAGGAGCGACGCUGCUUCCGCUCCCUGUGUGGAUGUCUUCAGUGCUUCGUUUAGCUGCAUUCUAGCAGACUAUUUACAGGGCCGUGCGGGGGAGCGGUUUAUGUUGGUACAGUUUGAAUCACUUCCACCAGAGACUCAAGGUGGUGCUUGGCCGCUACCAGAACUCUUUCGCGGCCUUCAUGUCUACAGCCUCCCCUCCCAGAGCCUGGGCUUUCUGACUGAGCUGGCUGGAGCUCGGCAAAUGGCCACUGCAUCAGCCAGACGGAAGCGGGCAGGCGGCCUCAGGGUGGCGUCCCGAGCUUUGGCGAGAGGGCUGUCUGGGUUCACAGCAGGGACAACAAUACUACGCUUUCCAGGGAAGUCCCAGAGCUGUGUUGGGUUAGGUGUAGAAGAGUCUGGAGAAAUGGUUCCAUUGCAGCCAUGUCUUAUUACUCCUCCCUCCAGCCCCGAACACAAGCCCCAAUAUCAACGAAAUGGAAUGGGUCUGACAGCAGGAGAGUAUGACCCAUGAUGAGCAGCCAGUAAUGACUUGAAAGAACCUGAACACUCAGGGAGACUCAUGAAUGUCAAUGUUGGUGUUCAGAUUUUGCAUUUGCUGGUGAAAACAUCAGGGUUCCAUAACUGUGGGGAAGAGCUUCCUUCACGUGUGUGGCAGCAGGAAGAAGCUGGGUUGUUAUUGUUUGAGUUGCUGCUGCUCCAGAGAAAUGAAAGUGCAUAACAUUAAAAAUCAACACUAAGAAAAUUCACAUCAGUGAUUCAUUACUAAGUGGUCUGUGGUGAUAUAGCCUAAUUUAAAAAAACCUUACUGUUUGUUAAACUUUAACUCUGAGUGUCCUUGUGGAAUAUGUUGGUUCUGGAGUUACUCCCAUAUUGUACUGUGCUGUGUACUGUGUUAAAUGUUAAUGUCAAGGACACUGGAAGAGGGGUUGCUGAGGAAGCUGCCGCAGCCCCUACUGGCAAGAAGUUCUAACUACAUGGCAAUAAUAUAUGAGAAUAUUUUAUUUGACUUCAGAAUAUUCAAUGUGUUUUUGUGAAGCGGUUGCAAAUAUGUGCUGUAGAUAACAUUAGGUGCAAACUAAACAGAUUUCAGUGGUGGUGAUAAGAUUUGUGAUUUUUUCCUGGCCCCCCAAAAGCCAACCAAUGAUAGAAAAUGUUUUAAAAAUGAUGCUACAUAUUGUUGGAUAUUCAAAUUAACACAAAGCCACACCCCUGCUGCAGUGCAUUCAAUAUGAUGUAGUUGCUGUAGAUAGACUUUCAGCAACUCCACCAACCAAGUGACCUCCAGCGUCCCUGUGACAGCGUGUAGUGGUGACAUGGCUCAAUAUGUAUCCUCCUCAUAAUCUUGUCCUUUUUAUGCGUAUUACACAUUCUGCUAUUAUUGUACUGUUUAUACAAUUUUGUUAUCACAGAUCCACACACUGAGUCCUUAAGUUCAUUAAUCGUACCUGUUGAUCACUUCCCACGCAGCAGAAGUGAGUUUUGAUGACCAGAGUGGAAUUCAGACAUGUACUUAAAGGACACUGGUGUUUCUUGGUAAAAUGUUGGUGUAGCUCAGUGUUUAUUCUGAGAUCAUGCAACAGUUGAGUCUUUCCAUCCGCAUCUUUCAUAUUUUGGGGAACUAUAUAUAUUAGCUGCAAAUACAAGUUGUAAAAUUGGCCAUAUUCCAUUUGGCUUAUUGGAAGUUACUAAGAACAGUUGCUGGAAUGUUUAUUUUGACAAUAUUCUAAUAUUUAUCUGGUGACCUGAUCGUAUCUUGUCCUGUAUCAUCUGUUAACACGUAGAUGAGGUCUGGAGACGUCUCCUUACUGUCUCCGGUUACUCCAUUGUCACCAGGUAAUAAUGUUUCUUGUUGUGUGCACCGACCUUA